AUGGCGGCGCCAGCAGGCAUGUCCCUCCUCGCCGCGUGCCUCGUCGUGGUGGCGCUCGGCGCCGGCGUGGCGGAGGCGCAGGGCGGCGGCGGCUUGGGGCAGUGCGUGCCGCAGCUGAACCGGCUCCUGGCGUGCCGCGCGUACCUGGUGCCGGGGGCGCCGGACCCCAGCGCCGACUGCUGCGGCGCGCUGAGCGCCGUGUCGCACGAGUGCGCCUGCAGCACCAUGGGCAUCAUCAGCAGCCUGCCCGGACGAUGCAGCCUCGCCCCUGUCAACUGCUCUGCCUGA